CUACAAUAGAUAGUAUGACAGCAGAGGGCGCACAGUGGAAAGUGAGCGCGAUCAGCCCAUUGCUAAGCUACUGAAUGUUUCAAUGUUUCCGCCUCAGGCACCCACUGCGGGAAAAUCUCCGAAAAAAAAGGUUCCUGUCCCACCACAAGCUCUCUCCUCUUCACCUUUCCCAACCCCUCCUCUAUACACGCCAGAACAAAUUCCAUCAUGACUGCUGAACAGACGUCCGCUGCCGGCACCGAUCUCCCGGCCUCAGUGACGCAGGCUGUCCUGGUCGCGUCGGAGCCGGUGCCCGAGGGCGUGCGUCAGGUCCGCGGGGUGGAUUUCCACCGCACUCAGGGCCGUGAUAUCACCGUGGCCGAGCUGGUCGACCACAUGGGCAGCAUGGGCUUCCAGGCCAGUGCCAUUGGGGAUGCGGUACGCAUCAUCAAUGACAUGCGUGCCUACCGGGAUCCCGAGACGGGGGAUCGCACGACCAUCUUCCUGGGUUACACGUCCAACCUGAUCUCCUCCGGGCUCCGAGAGACCCUCCGCUAUCUCGUCCAGCACCGCCAUGUGUCCGCCAUCGUCACAACCGCGGGAGGAGUGGAGGAGGACCUGAUCAAGUGUCUGGCCCCUACCUACCUGGGCUCGUUCGCAACCCCGGGGGCUGGUCUCCGGGCCAAGGGACUGAACCGCAUUGGGAACCUGCUGGUGCCCAACAGCAACUACUGCGCCUUCGAGGAUUGGCUGGUGCCCAUCCUCGACCGCAUGCUGGAGGAGCAGGAAGCGGCCAAGAAGAAGGCGCGGGAGACGGGCAACGAGGAAGACGAGCUGCACUGGACGCCCAGCAAGAUCACGCGGCGGUUGGGACUGGAGAUCGCGAACGAGGAGUCGGUGCUGUACUGGGCGGCGCGCAAUGACAUCCCGAUCUUCUGCCCGGCCCUGACGGACGGAUCGCUGGGCGACAUGCUCUACUUCCACACAUUCCGGUCAUCGCCGGCGCAGAUACGCGUGGACAUUGUGGAGGAUGUGCGGCGGAUCAACACAAUGGCCGUGCGGGCGAAGCGGGCGGGCAUGAUCAUCCUGGGCGGAGGCGUGGUGAAGCAUCACAUUGCGAAUGCGUGCCUGAUGCGGAACGGGGCGGAGAGCGCGGUGUAUAUCAACACGGCGCAGGAGUUUGACGGCAGCGAUGCGGGCGCGCGACCGGACGAGGCCGUCAGCUGGGGCAAGAUCAAGGCCAAUGCGGAAAGUGUCAAGGUCUAUGCGGAAGCAACGCUGGCCUUUCCGCUGAUUGUCGCGGCGACCUUUGCACGAGCGGAUGGCAGCACCCCGGAACCCACGAAGCAUUGAGUCUGGCAUAUUUAUUUAUUUUCUUCUUCCUUCCGACUGAAUCUACGACUGCUCUCCGGAACAUGGCUGGACAGCCGGAGUUCUCGAGUAGUCUACUCCAGAGUCUAGAAGGAGUCUCUCCUGGAGAGGAAUCGCUAACUAACUACUGGGCCGCAUAUCCGCGGGCG